AUGUCUUAUUCAGCUGGUUUCUCGGAGGUCGGUACUAAAUUUUUUCUUGAUUCUAACUCUGUGGAGGAUUAUGUGGAGGAGCCGCCCAUGGUUGUUGGAUUGGAGGCACAAGGAAGGAUGAUUGCUUGUGUUCUCGCUUCUGUUGGUGCUGGUUUGGUCUUCGGGGUCUGCUGUCCUUUUGUAGGGAUUAGUCUUGUAGUGUUGCUACAGCUUACCGGAAUGGUCUGCUUUGCUGUGUUGUUAUCAGUGAGCCAGGGUUUUAAAAAAUGGUUUGCCAUGCGAAACAGCUGUGACACAAUGGUUCCGAAAAUGCCGAUACCGAUACCGUUUUCACAAUUUUAUAUGUUAUACAUUAUGGUUAUGGGUUUGCCAUUAGCAGUGACUUUGACUCUUGCUUAUUCAAUGAAGAAAAUGAUGGCUGAUCAAGCUAUGGUCAGAAAACUUUCUGCAUGUGAGACUAUGGGAUCUUCUACUACUAUUUGCACUGAUAAAAUAGGUACACUCACUUUGAAUCAGAUGAAGGUGACAAAAUUUUGGCUUGGUUUAGAACCACUGGAAGAUGGUGCAUAUUUAAAUGUUGAUCCAUUUGUUCUUCAAUUGAUCAAAGAAGGAGUUGCUCAUAAUACAACCGGUGGAGUUCAUGAAUCUAAAUCAGUUUCUGAUUCAAAAUUUGAAUUUUCUGGUAGUCCAACAGAAAAGGCAAUAUUAUCUUGGGCUGUUUUGGAAUUGAAUAUGGAGAUGGAAACUUUGACAAAAAGUUGCUCUAUUCUUCAAGUUGAAACUUUCAACUCAAAGAAGAAAAGAAGUGGAGUUUUGUUGAAAAUAAAUGUUGACAACAAAAUUAAUGCACACUGGAAAGGAGCAGCAGAGAUGGUACUGAGAAUGUGCUCAAAAUACUAUUAUGCUUAUGGCAUUGUGAAAUAUCUUGACAAUGAAACCAUGUCGAAAUUCGAAAGCAUUAUUCAAGGUAUGGCAGCUAGUAGUCUUCGUUGCAUCGCUUUCGCAUAUGCUGAAGUUGAUGUUCAAGAGCUAGGAGAUGAACGAGAAAACAGCGGGAUAGUGGUAAAAGACAAUGGUUUAACAUUGUUAGGACUUGUUGGUAUUAAGGAUCAGUGUCGUCCUGGGGUGAAGACUGCGGUGGAAUCUUGCCAACAUGCUGGUGUGAAUGUCAAAAUGAUUACAGGUGACAAUAUUUUCACUGCAAAAGCUAUAGCAUUUGAAUGUGGGAUUCUUCAACCUAAUCAAGACACAGAUGAAACCGUGGUUGAAGGCGAACAAUUUCGCAACUUCACGCACGAAGAAAGGUUAGAGAAAGUUGAAAAAAUCAGUGUGAUGGCAAGAUCAUCUCCAUUUGACAAACUUCUGAUGGUUCAAUGCUUAAAAGAAAAAGGGCAUGUAGUUGCUGUAACAGGAGACGGUACAAAUGAUGCACCAGCAUUGAAAGAAGCUGAUAUUGGACUUUCAAUGGGAAUUCAAGGUACAGAAGUUGCAAAAGAGAGUUCGGAUAUUAUUAUAUUAGAUGACAAUUUUUCAUCUAUAGUAACAGUUUUAAAUUGGGGAAGAUGUGUUUACAACAACAUCCAAAAAUUCAUUCAAUUUCAAUUAACAGUGAAUGUAGCUGCACUUGUUAUCAAUUUUGUAGCAGCAGUUUCAGCAGGUGAAGUUCCAUUAACAGCAGUUCAAUUAUUAUGGGUCAAUUUGAUUAUGGAUACAUUAGGUGCUUUGGCUCUUGCAACUGAAAAACCUACUAAGGAAUUGAUGGAUCAAAAACCUGUGGGUAGAACAAAACCUCUUAUCACUAACAUUAUGUGGAGGAAUCUUCUGUCACAAGCUAUCUACCAAAUAGUAAUUUUGUUGACUCUACAAUUUAAAGGGGAAAAUAUUUUUGGUGUGACAUCAAAGGUAAAUGACACAUUGAUUUUUAAUACAUUUGUUCUUUGUCAAGUGUUUAAUGAGUUCAAUGCAAGGAAGUUGGAGAAGAAGAAUGUUUUUGAAGGGAUAUUUAGAAGCAAAUUGUUUGUGGGAAUAGUUGGUGUGACAUUGGUGCUUCAAGUAGUGAUGGUUGAGUUUUUGAAGAAAUUUGCUGAUACAGAGAGAUUGAAUUGGAGAGAAUGGAUUAUUUGUAUUGGUCUUGCUUCUGCUUCUUGGCCAAUUGGUUUUGUUGUGAAGUUGAUACCAGUUUCAGAUAAACCAUUACUUGAUUUUUUGAGUGUGAAGAAGAGAUUAUGA